AUGUCUCCUGGAAAUUUCCGGAAUGGGGUUUCAGAUGAGUUUGACGCGUAUGCUUGUGCCUGUGCUUAUGCUUCUUCAAUUUGUGAAAAUAGUGCAAAAGGGGUUCAGGGGUUCAAUAGAGCGAACUUCGGGAAGAAGUUCAGAUGGCAGAUUUGUUGGCGCCGAAGCUUAAGAUUUGUUUUGAAGUUUCGGCCACGAGGAGACGGACUUUCCCGAUUUUAUCUUCGGUUUAUACUGAAUUCCCAUAGCAAGCUUUCAUCAAACUUAAAGUUACAUGAUGAGGACAAAUCUUGGGAUUGGCAUAUUCCGGUCCAAGCUGAAAGAUUGGAAAUUCAGACUGGUGGUAACCCGAUCGACAACACACCCUCUCCUCUCCAUCUCGAAUUUUCCAUGGGAUGCCAACGACGCCAUGUAGUGACGUUUCCUUGGGGAAAUGUUGGACAUAUAGAUAUCACCAUCAUUAAACAUAGCGGUAUAGCGGUGAAGGGAUUCCAUCCUCUUCCUCAUUGGGCGCCAGUGGAUAGGGAAAUGAAAAAAAAGCUUGUCGACAGCGCUCCGCUGUUGCAUCACGAUGUACUGAUUUUGAAACUCUAUUCUCCGCAUCGGAACAUCUCACGGGAGAUUUUCGAAGUUGGAAAGAAAAUUCUUCGUAUCGACAGGCACAGGUCUGAUCAUGGAGGUAUCAUUGCUGAAUGA